AAAGUGUUUCAUCAUCAUGUAUCAUGGCCUUUAAUUUAAUCCAAAGUCAAAGCUUGCCUUGUGAGGGACUUAGUUUUAUAAGGAAAAAAAAAAAGGAAACGAAAUGGACCGAUACAACUUUGGAAUUUCAGCCAUACAGAAAAUUUUUUAAAACCGAUUACCGAUCACAAUUUUGAUUCCCAAAUUAAAUUUCUAGGGUUAGAGAGAGAGAGGAAUGUCGGAAUCUCAAACCUGUGUGGAGCUCCCAGUGAUCGACGUUUAUGAGGAUUUGAGUGAAUCGGCACUGUCUUCUCUUACGACGGCGUGCAACGAAUGGGGAUUCUUCUACAUCAGAAAUCAUGGCGUCUCCAAAGAAUUUUACCACAGACUCAUCUCCAUCGCCGAUGAACUGUUUCGUCUUCCUCAAGAAACCAAAAACAAAGUGGGAAUUUCGUGUUACGUGCCGAGGUUUAUGGCGUCGCCUUUCUUUGAGAGCUUCAAAUUUGCGGGGCCGGACUUCUCUGCAUCUGCUUACAGCUUGACGGAAGCGCUUUUCGACCAUCCCAAUACAGAAUUCAGCAACCUGCUAGAGGAAUAUGGGAGCAAAAUGAAUAACCUAUCAAAAAGAAUAGUAGAGUUAUUACUAAAGAUCUUAGUAGACAAAUUCGAAAACAAAUUCUAUGAUUCUGAGUUUAGCAAUUGUAAAGGUAAUUUGGGAAUAAACAAUUAUUCUCCCCGAGACUCCAACAAAGAAGACAAAGUAGAAGAAAUCGAAGGACUUGGGAAGCAUACCGACAUUAGCUGCGUGACAAUUCUAUUCCAAGACAACGUCGGCGGACUUCAAAUGAGAUCGAAAGGAGGAGAGUGGAUGGAUAUAAAACCUUGUGAGGACGCUCUUGUGGUGAAUAUUGGGGAUUUUAUGCAAGCUUGGAGCAAUGAAAGGUUGAGAUCAGCAGAGCAUCGAGUUGUUUUGAGACAGAAUGUGAAGAGAUUCUCUAUGUCAUUCUUUUGGUCAUAUGUAGAUGAUAGAGAGAUAUAUGCCCCGAGUGAAGUUGUUGGAGAAGGGAAUGUGAGGCUUUAUCGACCAUUUUCGAUUAAAGAGUAUAAAAUGUUUAGGGCUACCAGUGCAAGAGGGAACUACGAAAAAGUUGGAGCCACAGUAAAAGACUUUGCUGGAAUUGUAGGAUGAUUUCUUUCCCAAUCUCUUAAAAUGUCGAGCAUAAAUUUUUACAACGUAGUUAUGUAUUUUUCUUUCAACUGUGCCUAUAUGACUUCUAAUUGAAUCUCAACAUAUUAUUAUUGAUGUGCUAUUUGAUUGUGUGAA